AAUUUGCGCAUGCGUGUAAAUAACUUCCCUCGUUUACAAGUUUGAAAAGUCGGAGCUGACAUGUGUGCGAUAUAAACUUAAGUCUGAACUUCAUCCAGUAUCAAUAAUAUGGCAUCUUUAGAUCCUGACACUGACAUCAUGUAUGUGUGUCGAUCAAAUUUAGUACUACGUUCUCAAAUGCGAGUGAUAUUGUCGGAAACAUACAAUCGAAAAAGACUGCCAGAAGCAAUGGAACACAAUGUUGAAACUGUGUGGAGUGAUCGUCUCGCCAAAAAUCCCAAGCUAUACAAUGGUACCAAGUUCAGGAUAGAUUCAGUAUCGAUUGAGGGCGAUGCACUAACCGUAAAUCUCGGUGUAACAUGUUAUAAAGAAUAUAUAGGAAGCAACUGGUCUCCUAACGUAGAGCUAUAUCAAACUCUAGGUCGUCAAUAUUGUAACAACCCUCAGGUUUAUCUGUCAGAUCCUCUUGGCGUCGGAUCGUUUGUGUUGACCAGUGAUAAUCGUGUGAUUCUGCUGAGGAGAAGUGUACAUUGUGGCGAGGCUCCUGGUCUGUGGGACGUCCCAGGUGGACAUGCAGAGCCUGAGGAGCUGGUUGGGAAAAAGUCCUUUGAGGAAAUUGAUGUGUCAUCCAUGGAUUCUCAAGCUGUGACUGAUGAAAUCUUUGACUCUAUCCUGCGGGAGAUUCGGGAUGAGGUCAAUCUUCCCCAGUCUUCCUUGUCUGAUCCGGAACUCCUCGGUAUUGCCCGGAACACCACUAGUGCCAGCAGACCCAGCAUGGAGUUUCUUGUCAGGUGCAGUCUGAAGUCUGAGGAGGUGGUGUCUCGCUACCAGCAGGGCAACCAGGCCGAGGCUGAUGAGUCAACCAGCAUCAAGAUGCUCCCACUAGAAGAUGCUGUUGUCUUGGAAACAAAGAAUCCAGACUUGUGGAGGGAAAUGGCUCCCUCUGGAAAAGGAUGUUUCAUUCUGUACAGGUUAACAAACAGGAGUCCAUAAGACCUUCGUGACACUGCCACUGCUGCUAAUACUGUUGACCAUCCUGACACUGCCAACACUGCUGUCACUGUUAACUGCUAACACUGCUAACAAAAGAAUGCUCCAUGUGUAUUCUGGACCAUGACCGAGAAUGAAUAAUGAACUGUGACUGGGGUUUAGCAACAUAGUUAGCAGUAACAGCUGUGUAGUAAAUGCAAUGGAGUACUGAUGGAAAAUGUACAGAGUCGGUCAUGCAUGGAAUACUUAUGACAGUGUUUCUAUAUUUUAGGCCGCCGUCAUAUAGCUGGAAUAUUCCUGAGUGCAGAGUAAAACUAAACUUAAUAUAUUUUAUCGUUAUGUAGAUUUUAGUAAUGUGGGUUGCUUUACAUAUCAUGGAUUAAUGUAAUGUGGGUCGCAUCCUAUAUCAUGGAUUAAUGUAAUGUUGGUCUCAUCCUAUAUCAUGGAUUAAUGUAAUGUGGGUCUCAUCCUACAUCAUGGAUUAAUGUAAUGUGGGUCUCAUCCUAUAUCAUGGAUUAAUGUAAUGUGGGUCACAUCCUACAACAUGGAUUAAAGUAAUGUGCGUCUCA